AGCAUGGGAUGAAGGAGAGGCUGUAAAAUACCCGGAUUGUACCGAUGCAAUUAGCUGUUUUUAGUUUUUAAAAUCAAAAGUGAAAGUACUUUGUUUUUUUUGUGUUUGAUAGAGGUUGUUUCACUUGAUCUUUUAGUAACAUACUAACAGUUAAUCAUCUAAAAACACUCUUUAUUCCUAAAAAAACCACUCAGUUCCUAAAAACACGGACACCGGAGGACUCCCUAAUGAUGAUUCAAGUCAUUUUGUUUGGAUACUUCCUGACGUGCGUUUCUGGUGACGGGGUUGCGGAUGUGGUUCUCUCUUGCACCCUGGUGGAGGAGGGGGUGGGGGUGGAUGGGAUGGGAGGCGGGUCUCAGUUCAGACGGACUCCAGCCACUCUCAUCCUAAGAGACGUCCCAGUGGCUCCUGACCAAUCCCUGGAGACGCUCACUCCGUUUGUCCCGCCUUCAAUCCCUGACCCAGAUGCCAUCCUGUUAGAAGCCAAAGUGUCGUCCCCUCAGAUCCCUGAUGCUCAUGUGUUGCUCCACGCUGACUGCAAUGAGCAGGAGGUGACGUGUGAACUGAGCCGUUACUCUCCUCAUGGACCCCAGGAGGCUCAGGAAGCGACUCAUUUCCUGGUGUCUCUGAGUGUGGAGGGAGGCGAGUUCAGCACUGCGUUCAUUCUGCAGACUUCAGUGGUGGAGAGGGACCAUUCGACCCUCAUUCAAAAUAAACUGGGUCUACCUCUCAGUCCCUCGGGAACUCUUCUCACUGAAGUGAUCUUCCUGGUGUUUUCCCGCAUAAAGUCUGUGUCCGCUCCUCUGAGAGGAGACGUUCUCCUGUCCUGCGGCUUCAGGCAGCAGGAGACCCCCUUAGCGCAGGAAGUGGCCGUUGAAUGGCGACUGCAGCACCGGGGGAAAGGCUGGAAAGUGUUUGAAAUGAAGACGAGGCUGGAUGAUGCAGAGGGGAGCACAGUGGUGCUGGCAGAAAGGAAGGGUUCGAGCGUGAACGCCUCUCUGGUCGUCGGACAGGGAGACGCCUCGUUGACUCUGUCCCGGCUGAAGGCGCUGGACGAGGGGACGUACAUCUGCACCGUCACCCUCGAGCCUUUCAACGCCCAGCAGGUCAUCCAGCUGCACGUCACUCAACCUCCUGAGGUUUCCCUCUCAGAGGAGAAGUUUGUUUUGAAGAUGGACCCGCCCCAGACGCUGAGCUGCCACUGCUCUAAAUAUUAUCCACUGGAUGCUCAGAUGGAGUGGUGGUCCCUCUCUCCUGAGGACUCAGAGCCCAAACUGCUCCUGGAUCAGGGCUCUCUCUCCAGCCACCGGCAGCACGGAGACGGUUCCUACUCCCUGUCCUCUCACCUGUCUGUCCCCUCCAGCGUCUCCCCGGGGACCAGGCUCACCUGCAGGGUGUCCCACCAGGCCCUGGACGCCCCUGUGUCUCUCACUGUUGUGGUAGAAAGUCCAACACAAGGCUCCUACUGGUGGGUCCUGGGUUUCCUGAUCGUCAGCGUGCUGUUCUUCCACCAGGUCAUGACAUAAAUAAGGAUUAGGGGGUAAUAGAUAAUCCUGACUUUAAACUGAGCCCAGAGAUAUUUCCUGUUGUGAGUCUGUAAGUUAUUAUUAAUGUUAUAAGAAGAUAUCACUGGUUCUUUCCACUCGAGGGGUUAGACUUUCUUUUUGGAUAUAGUAUUGCUGUUCUUGCACUAUUUCUUUUUAACCCUCCUAUUGUCUUCGUUUCCCCCUUACUUUGGUGUUCGCGGUCAAAUUUGACCGGUCCUGUUUUAACUGCUAUUACAUUAACACAAAACCAUUAAUCAUCACCAAAUUUCAUUUAACACCCUUUCAAACUGUACAUAUUGUAUCAGACUACUGGUAUACAUGAAAAUAGACACUGAACAUGUA